AUGUCAGCAGCAAGAUGGUCCAACAUUACCGCUCAAGAUCGCAGAAGAAUCGAUAGAUAUCGAACGUCGUACGAUGAUUGGAAUGAACCCCAUAAUUUCUCUUUCAAUAACCAUUUGAUUGAUCAAUACGAAGGUGGCCCAGAUGCGUUGAAACUUCUUUAUGAGAAAUCAGAAUGCUUGAUUGGCCAAAAUUGGUUGAACGAUAUGGUAAUUUCUCAUUACAUGGAUCUGAUUGUCACUUCGAGUCCCAUUUCUGUGCUGUCAUUGGGUCCACAAUUUUUAUCUCAUUGUGAGAUAGUAGAUAACAACGAAAGGGUGGAGCAAUUAAUGUAUCUUCUGAUGUUGGAAUGGGCGGAGAUGGUGUGGAACAGCGAAGGUAGGAAUAGUCCUUUCCCGGGUAAUGAUUGGCAAAUCGUUCAAAUCACCAACGGUCCUCGACAGCCCAAUCAAUAUGAUUGCGGUGUUUACUGCUGUCAAGCUCUCUAUGAGUUAGCACAAGGGCUGCCAUCAAGACGAUUGGCGGAAGGUUGGAGAUUUGGCGGUACUGAUUUGCCGAAUCUCAGGAUGGUGAUGACUGAGGAAAUCGCUACUAGAAGACUUCGUGUCCGCUUCUGA